AUGAGCGUGCCUACCCGUGUCUUUCACCACGGUCCCAAACCCAUCUCUGCCCUCGAGUUUCGGGAUGCGGUCGAGGCCGUCUGUCCGCCGCGGUUUCCCGCCGUCCGCCAUGCGCGGCCACGGCGAGUCGGUACGUCGGUUUGUCGUCGCCUUCAACUCCCGCUCGGGCUCGUGCUCACGCCCCUCGUCGUUCUCGUGCUCGCCUCCCUCCUGCUGCUCGUCAAGGUGCUGACAGUCUAUUUCGUUCUAGCCCUCGCCGUGAGCGGAGGAGUCGACUCCAUGGCCAUGGCCUUCCUCUUCUCCAAGCUGCUCAAGACCCAUCGAGGCAUCAAAAUUGCCGACAACCCGGCCGAAAGCGCCUACUGCCUUGUCAUCGACCACCAGCUGCGGCAAGGCAGUGCUCGGGAAGCGUCCCGCGUGGCCCAGGAGCUCCAGAAGAUGGGUCUCAAGGCCAUCGUCAAGCAGCUGAAUUGGAAGGGCGCCGUCCCCGAUCGAGACAAGGAGUCGACGACGAUGACCAUGGCGGACCCCUCCCAGCUGCCCAACCUCGAGAGCGUGGCACGCACGCUGCGGUACCAGAUUCUUGGCCUCAGUUGUCGGCACCUCCAGUCCAGCAGCCUCUUCUUCGCUCACCAUUCCGAUGACCAGUACGAGACGGUCUUGAUGCGUCUGCUCGCGGGGCAUGGCUACCGAGGCUUGCGAGGCAUCCCCGAGACCAACCCGAUCCCCGAGUGCUACGAACUGCACGGCGUCUACAAGAGCGGGCUGCUCGACGACCAGCGGCAGCGGAAUCCCUUUUUGAGCUUCAAGCCGCCCAACAGGGAGCUGAGGCGGCUGCGAUGGAUCCUGACCCACGACUUCAAGGAGGAGUCCUGGCACCAGAUCCGGACCUGCCUGGGUGUCGACGGCCUGUCGAUGCCGUUUCCCGGCCAUGACGUUCCCGACGCGGACCCUCGACUUCCGUACCUGACCCCGCUCAGCAGCGAAGACGGCGGAGUGACAAUCUACCGUCCGCUGCUCGCCUUCGACAAGGACAGGCUCAUCGCCACCUGCGAAGCCAACAAGAUUCCAUGGUUCGAGGACCGCACCAACGCCGAUGCAACGUUGACGACCCGCAACGCCGUUCGGCACGUGGCCAAGUCCUGCACGCUGCCUCGAGCGCUGCAAAAGCCAGCCAUCCUGGCCUUGUGUCGGAGAGCGAAGCGCAAGGCGACGCGGGAGGAGGCCGAGGCCCACCGUUGGCUGAUGCGAGAGGCCGUCAUCCAAGAUUUCGAUCCCAACGCCGGAACGCUUCUCGUGAACCUUCCAUCCUUGCCCACGAGGCUGCCCAAGGUCAGGCGGCUCUAUGACUCGGCAAGAGACGAAGCUCGCAGGCCGCAUAGACGAGCCAUGGCCGCGAUUGCCAUCCGGAAGCUCAUCGACUUUGUCACCCCCGAGCUUCAUCCGCCACCGUUGAGCAAUCUUUCCACCGUCGUGGACCGCCUCUUCCCGGAACUGUCCACUUCCACCGGUUCCGACCAGGAGAACGCCAAGGCCUUUUCCAUUGCUGCCGUGCUCUUCACGCCCGUCGGAGGCCCGCUUCCAACCAAAUGGUUUCUCGCGAGGGCGCCGUAUUCGUCAUCGCAGCCGCUGCCGCAGCGGAAGCUGCCCGGCUACCUCAGCUACACGCCCGUGGCCUGGGGCGACGCCUCGGCCGUGCCCUCGGCCCGACACGGACACGCCCACUGGCGAACGUGGAAGACGGCCAAGAUCUGGGAUGGCCGCUUCUGGAUACGGGUCAGCGCCUGCGUGCCUGCGCGCUUUCACGUCCAGCCUCUGCUCCCGCGGGACGUGAAGCCGUUCCGGAGGGCCCUGCCGCCGACGCAGCGAGCCAAGCUCGAGCGCAUCCUCAAGCAUCACGCUCCCGGCAAGGUGAGGUACUCACUCCCGGCGCUCUACAGCGUCGAAGGCCCGAAAGGCGCCGACGCGGCGACGCAAACGCAGACGCUGCUGGCCCUGCCCAGCCUCGGCAUCCACGUGCCGGGACUGGAGAGGUGGGUCCGGUACGAGGCAAGAUAUAAGAACGUCGACCUGUCCUUGCUCGGCCUCCGCAGACGCAGAGGCCACAAGCGGCCUGUCAUCGGCUACCGCGCCUCCUGCAGCGCGUCGAGAAGGCGGAGGAGGAGGAGACGGAGUGUCGCACGGAAAGUCAAGGCCAAGCCCCGCCCCGGAAAGCCAGAUGCAGCCUGCAGCGGAUGA